AUGCACACCGUUCAGGCUCUCUGUGGGGUGGGGCGCAUGUGUUCCUCCCUCCUCCCUCCUCCUCCCUCCUCCCUCCUCCCUCCUCCCUCCUCCCUCCUCCCUCCUCCCUCCUCCCUCUCUCUUGCCGUCACCUUCCGUCCACUUCCCUUUGGUCAUUCGCUUGCGGUUUCUCAUUCCAUGCAGAGAGAGAAGAUGAUUCAAAGGACAAGGGAGCGUCAUGAGCAAAUGGCAGCAGCAGCAGCAGUUGCUGCUGUAGCUGCUGCUGCUGCUGCUGCUGCUGCUGCUACCAACAACCACAUGGCACCGCACUCCACUCCUGCGGGCCCCCUUGCACCUCCUGCUACAGCCGGCCCUCCCAGCAGCACACACCCAGGCGCAUCUGUAGCAGGACCAGCAACAGCCGGAGCAGUAGCCUUGGGAUCAGAAGCAGGCUCGGGAACAGGCUUGAGAGCAGGCUCGGCCGGGCCUGGGUCUGUGCAAGGAGGGUUGGGAGCAGGGACGGCAGGAGGUGUGGCAAGGGAAGGUGGGGGGAUGGUAGCUGGGACUGGGGUGGGUGGGUCUGGGGGAGGUACAGCUGCCAGUGCAGCUGGCCUAGGGAAUGGGGCGGGCACUAGGGGAGUGGGUGUUGGGGCAGGGGGGUUGGCGUUCCACACCUCUCCGUACCCCAUACCUCGUCCCCCAGUUUCUCCUGUCCCUCCGAAGCUAGAGCCUGGGGUCGGAUACCCUGCCGGACCUGCAGCUGUGCCUCACCCAUCUGGUCCCCACGCCGCUUAUGUAGGCUCGGUGCCGCUCCAGGCUGGGGCUCCGAGCCCACAUGUAGGUUCGGCAGGGGCAGGUCUGGGAGUGGGUAUGGAUGGGAAGGGGGAGGGGGUUUCUGCAGGUGCUAUUGUAGGGCAAAUCCCAUCAGGCACUGGCGUGGCUGGUGUGACUGCUACUACCGCAGUAGUGGGAGAGGCAGCAUCAGCAGGUGUAGCUGCAUCGUUGCCAGCAGCAGCAGCAGCAGCAGCAGCAGGAGCGGCGGCAGUGGGUGCUGCGGUUCCAGCUAAUGCUGCUUCUGGUGCUGGUGGUGGUGGUGCUGGUGGUGGUGCUGGUGGUGCAGGGGCAGUGGCAGCGGCUGCUGGUACUCCUGGGGGCCGGCCGUUGACCAAGUAUGAGAAGGCUAAGCUGAGGAAAGAGGCGAAGAAGCGAGAGGAGGAGGCGAAGAGGAAGGCUGAAGAGGAGGAGAAGAAGCAGAUUGCUGCUGGGGGGGCGCCUGACGCUGCUGCUGCUUCUGGUGCUGCUGGUGCAACCAGUGCUGCUGCUGCUGGUGGUGCUUCUGCUGCUGGUGGUGGUGCUGCUCCUGGCACAACUGCCGCAGCCAACCAGGAGCAGCAGGUGCAGGGACAGGCGCACCGCCACCAGCUAAGCCUUCCACAGCAGCAGCAGCAGCACCAGGCUCUCAAGCCACUCAGCCACCCGGCAGCAAGCACCCAGCAGAGGCAUCCGCGCCAGGACAACCCCCUCCGUGAGUUCUUGGCUUACUCUUACAAGAAGCCCAAGCCAGACAAUGACGGGAUAGAGCAGCUUAAUGAUGUCACAGCAGUCAGCGGGGUGAACCUGAGGGAGGAGGAAGAGCAGCUGUUGGCGAUGGCGGUGGCGGGGGAUGCGCAGCAGAAGGUGCAGGGGGAGGCAUGGCGGCGAAUGGCGAAGGAGGAGGAACAGAGACUGCUGAUGGACCGGCCGCUGCUGCGUGCCGUGGUGGGGCGGAUAGUGGGCUGCUGGUUCUGGUUGGGAGGAGGAGCAACGGCUGCUGAUGGACCGGCCGCUGCUGCGUGCCGUGGUGGGGUGGAUAGCAUAGCAGCAGCAGAAGGUGCAGGGGGAGGCAUGGCGGCGCAUGACGAGGGAGGAGGAGCAGUGGCUGUUGAUGGAUCGACCACUGCUGCACGCCGUGGUCGCGUGGAUAGGUGCGUGCGUGGGUAA